ACUGGACUCAGCAACUUGCCUUGUUUAAGGAUCCCCGCUUGGCUGCAGGUGUUCCGUCUGUCCAAGACUCGCUGAUGUCAGAAGAGGAGCUGGGACCCACCAACAGGUGACACCCUUCCCAUGAUGCCCUGCAGUUUUGAGGGAUCACCAUGGGAGAUGAGUCUUACCCAGAAUGCCAAGCACAGGAGCUGUUUGAUGAGUUUGUGUCAGCCACGACCUGCAGGGCGGUGCUGCGCUGCUUCAGCCAGCUGUGUGAACAUCUGCAGCUGGAUCACAGCACCACCGAAAAGCCUCUCUACCAACCAAUCAAACGGCGGCUCAACUACUGGAAGGCCAAUGCUCUGUGGGCCAAACUGGACCGGAGGGCAGAACAGCAGGAGUACCAGAGGGGCCGGGUCUGCAGAAACAUGACUUGUGUGAUCAUCGGGGCUGGGCCUUGUGGCCUCAGAACAGCGGUGGAGCUCUGCUUCAUGGGAGCUCGAGUGGUAGUCCUGGAGAAAAGGGACUCGUUCUCCAGAAACAACGUGCUCCACCUUUGGCCCUUCACCAUCUACGACCUGAGAGGUCUCGGGGCAAAAAAGUUCUACGGAAAGUUUUGUGCAGGCUCCAUUGACCACAUCAGUAUUCGACAGCUGCAGCUCAUUCUGCUGAAGGUGGCCUUGCUCCUGGGGGCUGAGGUUCAUGUCAAUGUUGAGUUCAAGCAGCUGGUGGAGCCACCAGAGGACCAGCACAGAAACAAGGAGGGCUGGAGGAUGGAGGUGAGACCAAAGCCCCACCCAGUCAGUCAGAUGGAGUUCGACGUCAUAAUUGGAGCAGAUGGACGCAGGAACACGCUGCCAGGUUUCAGGCGUAAGGAGUUCAGGGGGAAACUGGCCAUCGCCAUCACAGCCAACUUCAAAAACAGAAACACCUCAGCCGAAGCCAAAGUGGAAGAGAUCAGUGGAGUGGCUUUCAUCUUCAACCAGAGGUUCUUUCAGGAGCUGCGGCAAGAAACUGGUAUUGACCUGGAGAACAUCGUCUACUACAAAGACGACACGCACUACUUUGUUAUGACAGCAAAGAAACAGAGUCUCUUGGACAAAGGAGUCAUUCUACAGGACUUUCCAGACACAGAGCUCCUCUCUCGAGGGAAUGUGGACCAGGAUGCUUUGCAGGCAUACGCCCGUGAGGCCGCAGACUUCUCCACCAAUCACCAACUGCCAAUCCUGGACUUCGCCAUGAACCACUACGGUCAGCCGGACGUCGCCAUGUUCGACUACCUGUGUAUGUAUGCAUCAGAAAAUGCUGCAUUGAUUCGCCAGCGCUACGGACACCAGCUGCUGGUCACAUUGGUUGGAGACAGUCUGCUGGAGCCCUUUUGGCCGAUGGGGACAGGUGUGGCACGGGGGUUCCUAUCAGCUCUGGAUUCAGCCUGGAUGAUCAGAAGUUGGGCUCAGGGUAGAGCACCACUCGAUGUCCUGGCUGAGAGGGAAAGUCUGUACCGUCUGUUGCCUCAGACGACUCCAGAGAACAUGCAGAAGAGCAUCAGUCUGUUCACCGUAGAUCCAGGGACAAGAUACGUGAACAUCAGCCCUCUGACUGUCACACCUGCUCAGGUGAGACACCUGGUAGACACAGGUGAAGAGGCGGGGCUAAACACAAGUGAGAGUCAUAUUAUCCGGCUGCCUUCCCCCAGACUUUCAAGCCAAGAGUCCUUCUCUCAGUCCAAUCAGCUGUUGACUUGGUGUCAGCACCAGACUAAUGGUUAUAGAGGUGUCGCUGUUUGUGAUCUGACUACUUCCUGGAAGAGUGGCCUUGCUCUUUGUGCUCUUAUCCACCGAUGCCGACCAGAUCUGAUGUAACACACUCGACAGUCAUAGACUUUCGACUCUCUGGACGAGUCGUCAGUGGAGGAAAACAUCCGCCUUGCAUUUGACGUGGCUGAGGAAGAAUUUGGGAUUUCACCUCUGAUGACGGUGGAAGAGAUGUCUGUUGGAGAACCAGACUCUCUUUCUAUGGUGAUGUACCUGAGUCAGUUCUACCAGCUGCACAAAGAGUUACUGCGCCCUGCUGGCUCCCUGAGUCAAAAUGCUGAUCUGAGAGCAGCUCUCUUCACUCCAGCCUCCCUCCUCAGCAGACUGGGAACUAGUCCAUCCAAGAAGAGAAACCCAAAGGAGGAUGGAGACGCUCUGGGCAAAAGCAGAAGGAUGAAUCUGGAGAGUGGAGAGCUGCAGGAGUCACGUGACUUUAAUGGUGACUUUGAUGAGAACUUUGUGGGUGGGACCAGCCGCUCCAGAGUUCGUUUGAUGGCCAAUCAGCUGCAGGCAAAGCUGGACGAGGGCUCUGCGACCUGCGUGACCUCUUCGUCUUCUUCUGCUCUUCGUCAGCAGCAGGGGGCCCCGUCCAGCAUCCCUCCCGCGGAGUCCGCAGACCUCCCGCAGGCCACGCCUCCUGUUCAGUCGUCGUCAUGGAGACCGAAGAAGCGGACCCUCCAGCAGGAGCAGAUGAGUUUCCGCUUCAGGGAGAGGAUCAAGUCUCAGUGGGCCGCCAACCGGGACCAGCAGGUCUCUGUGGGAAGCGACGUCUGUUUCUUCUGCAAGCAGAAGGUUUAUGUGAUGGAGCGUCUGAGCGCAGAGGGCCUCUUCUUCCAUCGCAGCUGCUUCCGUUGUGAUUCCUGCAGCGCCCCCCUCAGGCUGGUCUCCUACAGCUACAACCAGGACUCGGGAAGGUUUCGCUGCCUGCAGCAUCCUGACUGCCGGCCGGUCGCUCCCAGGAAGAGAGCGACUCCCACGGGAACAUCGGCGCCGUCUCCGUCCUCGGCGGCGUCCCUCUCCGGCUCUCUGAGCGAGCGGCGGCGGUCUUCAGCUGCGUCUGUGAUGGCGGCGACGCCGGAGCGGAUCGAGCUGGAGAACCGCAGGAAGGAGGAGGAGGUACCGGAGGAGGUCCAGAACCGGGUCAACCUGAGCCAAGGUGUGCAUGUCAGCUCAGAGGAAGAGGAGGAUGAAGGUCCAGGCUGUGUGACCUCACAGGAGGCGAAGGCUCUGAGAGAGGAAGAGGAGGAAGAGGAAGGCAGCACUGAAGACGAGUCCAGUGAGGAGGGGGAGUACAGCCCCUGGGAGACGGAGCGCCGCUCGGGUCUGUGGCUCCUGUUAGAGGAGGAAGCAGACUUUCCUCCUCUGGGCCCACCUGUGCAACGAGGCUCCGCCCCCUCCACUCUCACUCCGCCCAUUGGCCCGACGCCCUCCACCGCCUCCUUUGUCACGUCAUCCGACUCCACGUCUGACUCUGACAUCAAAACUCACCUCUCACCUGUGGUUGUCAUGGAGACCGCAGCUCAGAAACGGUCCACAGCAGGGGGGCGGGGCUCGUUUGAUGACAUCACACCUGAGCUGCCACAGAAGAAGCCUCUGCUCCAGGAGGAUGACAGGGGGGCGGGGUCAGAGGAGGAGGAGUCAGGCGCAGUGAGGCGGCGGAGCCACAGAGACGGUCCGCCCCCCACACUCCCUCUGCUUCCUGGAGGCGGAGCUCUCUUCUUCCACCUCAAGAAGCUCCGUGAGGCUCCGCCCCCUGGCCAGGUGGAGCUCGGUGUGGGCGGAGCCAGAGGCCUGUUGAAGACAGUUCUACCGGGAAACAGAAAGGAGCAGAAAUGGAGGGGCAGGACUUUACCUGCAGCAAAGUUGAGGCUCCCAGCCAAUCAUAGCAGGAAUACAGUCGCAAGAGAGGAGACGAUUCUUGAGUCUUCAACGCUGCUGCAGAGAUGUUCACUAAAACCAGGAAACAACUUGCAGUUGGAGUUGUUCGAUCUCGUGUCUGAACUGCAGAAAGUUUCCGUGGAGGAGGAGGAGGAUGAAGAGGAGACCCAGCAGGUCUACGUCCCUCAUGCUCUGGCUUUCAGACGGUCGUAUGGAGACAAGAGGAAGACGCGUGUGAGGGACAGCGUCCCGGACUCGGAUGGACAGUCUUCCUGUCCCACGGAGGUUCUGGGUGUCCUGGUCCCGCCCAAAGAGCCGUCCAGCCUCAGCGUGAGGGAGGCCAUGUUCCAGGAACCGGAAGGGGACGAAGACGGAGAUCUGGACGCCAAAAUCACCCGCCGCGUCCAGAGAGCGGCCAGGAGGCAGGCGAAGAAAGAGCAGCUGAAGAGGCUGCACAAGGCCCAGAUGAUCCAGCAGCAGCUGCAGCAGGUGGAGGUGAAGCAGAGAGAGCUGGAGGAGAGAGGAGUGAUGGUGGAGAAAGCUCUGAGAGGAGAAGCAGACUACUGGGAGGACUCCAGCCACGGUCCAGACACGGAGCUUCACCUGGGAGGACUGGGCAAACUGGACAACCUGGUUCUGAUGCAGCAGUGGUUCCGGCUGGUCCAGCAGAAGAACUCUCUGGUCCGAUACGAGUCAGAACUCAUGAUCUUCGCCCGGGAGCUGCAGCUGGAGGACCAACAGAGCCGCCUGCAGCAGGAGCUGAGGGAGCGGAUGGCCGUGGACGAUCACCUGAAGGGCGAAGAGCAGCUGGGCGAGGAGCGGCGGAUCCUGGAGGAGAUGCUGGAGGUGGUGGAGCAGCGCGACGCCCUGGUGGCCCUGCUGGAGGAGCAGCGCCUCCUGGACCGCCAGCAGGACCAGAACCUGGAGGUUCUGCUGGCCGGGGUGCUCAGCUGGGCCUGACGGAACCGCACCAGAACCUGGAGGUUCUGCUGGCCGGGGCUAAAGUGAUAGCUUGGUCUUCAGUUGGUGGUUCUGGUAACUGACCCAAAAGCUUUUUUUGGACCUGGUUUAAGGCAGAACUUCCUGCUCAAACAUUCUGAUCCGGUUCU